AUGUCUUUACAGGCCAGAUCAUCCUCGAUACAGCUAUAUAUCACUGGCCGGCCCCACGUCCAAGUAACAGUUGCGAGACAUAUUAAGGAGAAGCAUGAGAUUCCAAUUGUAGCACAUGAUCAUGAUAUUCGACGAUUCAUCGACCUUGAGAUUGGUGGACCGAACGAUAUUGAACCGGACGCCAUGGACGAAAAGCUGAGAGUGGAUAUUCAAAACAAAGCUAUAGAGUCAGCUAAGGGCGUGUUUCUUCUACCUGUAUUACAAGUUCAUGCUAUUUUGCAAGCUACUACGAUCCGACGUCGUGAGGAGGCCUUGAGAACAUUACCGUCUGAUCUCGGUGAUGCCUUCGCUGGUACAAUGGCACGAAUAGAACAACAGCCUCACGCGCAAUCUGAGCAGGCAAAGAAGAUUCUUGCUUGGGUUUAUCUAGCAGAACGACCGGUUUCCGUUGAUGAGCUUCUGUGUUCACUUGCGAUCGAAGACGACGAUAAAGCUUUCAACCCGAGAGGCAUGCCUAUUAGAAGUACCUUGAUCAACUGUUGUCAUGGUUUAGCUGUGAUUGAUCAGGAAACGUCCACUAUACGAUUGGUUCACUAUUCUUUUCAAGAAUAUCUCUGUCGGCAAAACCAAUUAUUUGGAGUCAGCAAAGUACAGUGGCAUAAUCGAAUUGCAUGGACAUGCCUUACAUUUCUAAACUUCCCUUCCCCGCCUUCAGAGGAUAAUUGCAUGGAAACCACUAUUAUGUCCUACGCUGCUGCCAAAUGGGGCCACCACCUUCAGAAGAGUGAACACCUACAAGACGUACCAUUAGAACUCGCUCGAGAAUACCUCCCUCAAUACAACGACAAUGAGCUACGCCUUGUGGCCUCCUAUGUUCAUAUAGCAGCUUUCUUUGGUGUCCAAGCCCUUGUACUUCAUCUAUGCCUGGCAGAACGUGACUUAGAUCUGAGGGAUAUUGAAGGCCAAACACCAUUAUCAUGGGCUGCGAGGCGGGGUCACAAAGUUGUGACCAAGCCGUUGAUUGAAAAUGGUGUUGCAUUAGACUCUCGAGAUCAUGCGGCCUUAUCAAUGGCUGCCCAAAGCAGGUGUGAAGCAGUAGCAGAGUUACUAAUUGGAAAGGGUGCUCCUCUUAACACCAAGAAUCAGUCUGGGCUAACGCCUCUCUCGCUCGCCGUACUAGGUGGGUUCAAGAAUAUCGUUAGGCUACUUCUUGACAAUGGCGCGGCGGUGGAGGCAACGGAUCGAUAUGGCCGGACACCACUUUUGUCCGCCGUGUCGAGUGGGCUUGAGGAGAUUGUCAAGCUACUUUUAGACAAGGAUGCUAAUGUGGAGGCAUUUGACUAUAAGUAUGGCCGGACGCCACUGAUAUGGGCUGCAGCGGAAGGAUAUGAGAUCAUAGCGAGACUACUGAUUGAGAAAGGCGCCGAAGUAGAUUCAAUAGAUGCUGGCUUUAGUUGGACACCGUUUGCAUGGGCGGCAGUCAACAGGUUUGAAGGAGUAUCAAGGCUACUCCUUGAGAACGGCGCUGAGAUGGAGUCCGUGGAGGUGAAUGGUUAUGGCCGGACGCCGCUAUUGUUGGCGUUAGAAGCCAGAAACGAGCCGAUAGUCAAGCUUUUGAUUGGAAAGCUUGCUGAGGCAGAGUCCAAUGCUCUACGGCGCACUGAGUUGGUGUCUUGUGUUGAAGAGAAGGGACUCGAUGCCUUGAUCGAUUUUUUAGAGUUCACGACUGACUACCACGGCCAUCGGUCGAAACGAAAGCCAAAUGCCAAUGAUCCCAUCCAUCUAUACUUUGAUUAG